UAUCCAUUCCGACGAAAUACACGAAAGUGCUUUUGCUGUCACACUGCUACAAUCUGAAUCAGUCAGCUGACUGAACCAAACAGGAGCGCAGGACUGGGAACAGGAAAUACAUGAAAUACUGUUCACUCAUACCCAGCUGUGACCAUGAAGAAGAACAAAGGUAAAGCGGGCAGCACUGCUGAGAAGGAGUUUGUGUUUGAGUUCAGGUCAGGAAAACACAACUGUGUCCUCAAAGUGCCUCUUCAGUUCCCUGUUCAAGAGAACAUCAGUGACCUUCAUGGACGCCUGAUGCUGUUACAUAAAAUUCCCUGCUAUAUUGAAAAUGAGCUAAAAACCUCACUUUCCAGCUUCAUUGAGAAUGAGACCGUCCUGGAUUAUGACAGAGAGGCAGAGCUGGCCCUGCAGAGACUCACCACUGGAGAUGUAGAUGUAAACCAGCUCACCAAUGCCUGGACCAGGUCUUAUGUGGAGACUACACUGGAGCAUGCUCGGCCUGAAGAACCUAGUUGGGAUGAGGACUUUGCCGAUGUUUACCAUGAGUUGAUCCAUUCCCCUGCUUCAGAUACUCUGCUCAACCUGGAGCACAACUACUUUGUUAGCAUCUCUGAGCUCAUCAGCGAGAGAGACAUGGAGAUCAAGAAGCUUCAGGAGAGGCAAGCAACUGAAAUGGACAAGGUGAUGCAUGAGCUGGGGAAUACUUUGAGUGACCAGGAUGUAAAUGCCGUGGCAUCUCAGCACUUUGAUGCACAGCAGGUGCUGGAGAACAAGUGGGCCAGUGAGCUGAAGCAAGUUACUGAAAUUCAAAAGCAGGAGUACCAGGAGUGGGUGAUCAAACUGCACCAGGACCUGCAGAAAUCCAACAACAGCAGCAAAAUUAAUGAGGAGAUCAAGGUGCAGCCCAACCAGCUGUCAGAACUUGCAGAUUCUGGGGCCAGGAUGUUUGAGGAGCAGCCUCAGCUGGAGGAGAGCUUCACCAUACACCUAGGAGCACAACUGAAGACGAUGCAUAACCUGCGGCUGGUCCGGGCAGAUGUGCUGGAUUUCUGUAAACACCGGCGGCACGGCAGCAGCGGAGCAAAGCUGCGGCGGUUACAGACGGCCCUGUCCCUGUACUCCUCUUCACUCUGUGGUCUGGUGCUGUUGGUUGACAACAGGGUCAACUCCUACAGUGGCAUCAAGAGAGACUUUGCAACUGUGGCGAAGGAGUGCACAGACUUCCACUUUCCCUGUCUGGAGGAGCAGCUCGAGGAGGUGCAGCAGGUGGUGCUCUAUGCCAGAGCCCAGCGAAGCAGCAAGCAGAAAGACCAACCGGAGAUUCCAAGGAAUGGAGGUGAUGAUAAGAGCAAAAAUGUUGAAAGAAACCCCUCUAACAUCUUACCAGGUGAGUUCUACAUCUCGCGGCACUCCAACCUGUCAGAGGUCCAUGUUGUCUUCCACCUGUGCGUGGACGACAACGUCCGUUCUGGAAACAUCACGGCACGGGACCCGGCCAUAAUGGGCUUGAGAAACAUCUUGAAGGUCUGCUGCACGCAUGACAUCACCACUGUCACCGUCCCUCUGCUGCUGGUCCAUGACAUGUCAGAGGAGAUGACCAUACCAUGGUGUCUUAAGCGAGCUGAGCUGGUAUUCAAAUGUGUCAAAGGCUUCAUGAUGGAGAUGGCCUCUUGGGACGGAGGUAUAUCACGCACAGUUCAGUUUCUAGUGCCAAAGAGUAUCUCAGAGGAGAUGUUCUACCAGUUGAGCAACAUGCUGCCUCAGAUCUUCCGUGUCUCCUCCACCCUGACUCUCACCUCCAAGCACUGAUGGAUAGAGGUGCACCACAUUGCCUCCACGUGACAUUCGGACUAACAGAGACACACUCAUUUUAACAGCAUUGACCAGUCACAUUUCACAUUUCAUGUUUUUUUUUUCAGUAACUGAAGAUGAAUAGAUACAGAGAUUUUGUGAAAUGGUGCAUAACCCCCAUUCACUUUUUAAAAUGGCAACAGAUGGGUGAAAGUGGGGUCAGAAUAUUAUGUUGGCAUUUUUAUCACCUACAGUUAGAGGUGCCAAAAGGAUUUUAAAUGAGAAGGGACAUUUUUAUGCGACUGAUGAGCCUUGUUAUUUUUGCACCUUUCAGAGCUACACACACCAUGAGCACUUCUUACUGAAAUCAGUGGCUCACACACAAAGCAGCUGCUGCAAUUAUUAUUUCAAGCUUCCAGGGUGCGGCUCUGGUGACACAGACUUUUAUGGCAUCGUGACAUCAGCCGCCAGUUUUCCUUCAAAGCUGCGAUCUGUGACUUUCCUCACGUUUGAGCUGCAGGAUAAUGGAGCAGUUAGUGUUGCAUCUGUGAAGUUAUUUCAGUUAGCUGGUUCACACAGUGAAAAUGUGACCAACCCAAGCAGAUGACCUGAAUGUGAAAACAAGUAUUGUUUACUAAAGUGAUGAAGUUGGAUGGAUGGAAUUUGCACUGGUAGUUGGACCUGAUUCUCAAUAGCAGAGUUAGCAACCCAUCUAAAUGUGACAUUUGUGGAAUUAUCCCCAUACAUUUCCAUACAGAUGGAUAUAAUAACAGUAUGUUCAUUAUAAAAAUAAAAAAAAUCACAGAUCUCCUCUUUGGGUUUUCAUGUAUGAAGUCCCUGUGGACAUAAAUUAGCCACAAUGGUUGACCACACAGUUUAUCCAUCAUAUGAGAUUUAGCAGUCUAAUCCCUCGGGUAAUUGGCUUCAUAUUUGAGGGCUGGGCCUUCCAGAGAGAAGUGACAUGUACUUGGCUCUACUAGUCCUAAAGACAAAUGACAUUCUUCUGAAAUGAGCUAUGUGCAGGUGUCUUUAUACUGCAUUGCAGUGAGUUGUAGCAGAGGAUCGGUCUUUGUGUGAGCGUGUGUGCGCACGUGUGUGGUUCCUCUCCUCUACCUCUGUUAACAGCAGAUGGCACUGUUCCUAAAGACAAAGAUGUGAAAAGGGUGACUACACAGACGCUUACACACUUAUUAUAAGAGAUAAAGUGUUAAUGAGGGUCUUCUGCCUAUUGAAAUUUAUCUCAAGCCAUUUUAGUCUGCAUUAAUCAUGAGCAAGUACAGCUUCAAUAGUAGUCAUAUCUCCACUGGUUAAUGUUUGUCAAACGUGUUCAGCAUUUGAACCUACCAAUGUUUACAUUUUUAUGUUUAUUCCAAAAAUUGCACACCACACUGAUUGGAUGUAAAUUCCUCAUGAAAGCCAUCAUAAGCUUGCGACAGAGUUCGAACACAUUUUGAUUAGGUUUUUCUUCACCCCUUUGCCAACAGUGAUGCACAUCCAGUGACAUUUGGUUCAGCAUUUUAUUUACUGUUGAUGGGUUAUCCACAGGAAUAUAAUCUCUCUGAAGUUAAUAAUCCAUGUCAUUCAUUGGAAUUACAUUCCUGCACAUCUAAUGGUGGUCUGCAAGCCACUCCAGACAGACUGAAAUCAAUUCAGCUUGUCAGAAAGUUUGCCAUGGCCACAUUCAGUGGUUGUUAUUGGGGAGACUAAAAGAGUUGGGAGUGUAGCAAUCAAAGCAAGUUGCCUUCUCUUCUUUCAAGAUAAACAAGAUGGCCAGCUGCCCUGAGAGAGUUAUGAGUUUUCUUAAUAGCUCCAUGUUGAAACCUGCAACUGUUUAUAUCACACUGCCACGCUGAGAACCCACAAAAUUGUAAGAAUAUGUAUUGCUGAGUGUUUGGGAUUCUUAGGAUUGGUCUCAGUGGCCUGCAGUGUUGGGUUUCCUCGGGCAGAAAGCUGAGGGUGCCGAUUCAGCAUGAACGUUCUCCUCGCACUCCUCUCUCAGUGCCGUGCACAUGCUUGAAAAUGACCAGAGCAACAAAUUAAUUUAUCCAGAAGUUUUUCUCGAAGACUUCAUACACUAAGUUACGUGUGAAGAACAAGAAUCACCAGGCACCUGUUAUAACCUGUUGUGACAGUGGUGAAACCAAAGGCCUACCUCAGUCAAACUAGCAUGGACUGAUUGGAUGGGGAUGUCCAGUCACUCACAGACACAGAAACCUGACCAGGGAACAGUGAUCCACAGCAUGAAAAGGUCUAUAAAUUAUUCUCUUUCAAAGGUAACAUUGAUUCAAGCCAGUUCAUGUGGAAAAUCUAUUAUUCAAUUGGAAUUAAAAGACAUGUUGGUGAAGGAAGAUGCAGUACAUGUACAGUACAUAUACAGUAUUGUAUAUUUAAAAUAUUCUUAAAGUGUUUAAUCUUUCCAUCUUUCUCACAACAUAAAAAUAGCCAGUUGUAAAUGCAAAUUUUGUCCCUUGCGAAAAAGGAAAGUUUUUUUUUCUGCAUACUUUUAGCCUUAGAGAGCAGAAUUAUUCAGUGAUAAUUGAUUUCCUCACCUAAUUUAACUUGCCUGGGAUUUACACGUUUGAUGAAUGGGCUGCCAGCAUUGACUGGCCAACAGUCUGGCUAUGCGCAGAGAUUAAAGGAAUACUAGGAAAGAAACACUAUGAUUAAAUAUUACUUGGCAGGGUGUGUCUGUUGGCCAAAUGGUUAAGGUGCGUACGUAACCCCAACAUCCGUGGCUUGAUCCCUCUGCGGGGGAACCUUGCUGCAUGUCAUACUCCUCUGUCUUCUCCAGAGCUGUCAGCUAUGUAAUGAACACAAAAUGCCAAAUAAUUAAAUAAAUAAAAAAUAAACAAACAAAUAGACUUGCCUUGAGGUAGUUAGAGAAAAAUGGGUAUGUGAAGUCAUUAUGCAACCAGAAUACAGAGUGUGAUGGCGAGCCAAGUGAAAAGACCCAGCUUUCUGAAGCAUAGAGGAAUAUUCUAAGAUUUUGCAAAAUGUCAACAGGUUGGGGUUCCGAGCAUCUAUCUCCCCACCUGGCACACUGCAGCUGUAAUUUACAUAUUCAUUAACCAAUUAAUAGGGGUUAAUUUAUACAUUGUGGAACAGGUAUGGUAUGAUUUCUACACAGUUAUUCAGAAAUAGGUAUUGUUUAAAGACUAGUGGUCAGACGAUGUCUGCUAUUUGUGCUUCAUGCAGUCAUGGCACUUAAAUCAACAAACUAAAAGUAAAAAGUGCGUUUUCUGGGGAGAAAAUGCGGUGUGACAGCUAAGAACACAAAUUUAUCAUUUAUCAUGAAGAUGUAACGGUAGAAGUUGUAAAGAAGAAAAAUUGCAGCCAAAAGAAAAAUUACAAAAAUAAUAGGUUAUUCCAGUGGGAGUUAGAUGAUGAUACCUGAAAACAAACAUGACUACAUGAAAAGCAUUUAUUUUUGUACAUGUAAUUUGUUUAUAGGCUUUUCCUCUCACGUCACACUUGCUGCUACCGGAGCUAU